UCAAAAUUAAACGUUUCAUUUAGGUAACGUCUAGUCAACGUACAAGACUUGUAUAGUAUAACAAAUUCUCGUAGUUCAAUACAUUUUUUUUUCAUUUGAAUUAACUAUUAGUUAUUUUACUUUUGUAAAAUACAUAUUAUAAUAUAUAAAUACAACGUAGUAAUAUUAUAGGUAUUAUACUAUUUUAUAAAUAAUAAAAUAAUAUAUUAUACUAUACCAGAUACGAUACCGAUACUUGCAUCUUAACUAUUAAAUAAUUCAAUAUUGGCAUUAAGCUCGCCAUUUUAAACAAAAAUCAUUAAAUAGGUCGAAUUUACCUUUGCAAAUAAAAACAAAAUGAGCCGAAUGAAAACUUUGUGCGCUAUGGAAUCAUUGGUAGAAGGCGUCCCACAAGUUAAUUUCGUCAUCUGUCCAGCCGUGAUUGAUGACUGCGACCAAAUCUACGAAUUAGUACAAGAAUACUAUUCCGAAUACGGUAUACCGAGUAGCAGACAGUUGAACAAAGACACUUUCAGGAGGGAUGGAUUUGAAUCUCAAAAUCCAAGUUUCCAAUGUUUUAUAGCAAAAACUAGAAGAGAAGAAGACGUUAUUAUUGGAUUCGUACUGUGGUUUCGACCGUCCGAGAACACGACCGGCCAACCAGUGUUCCUCGAAGCACUGUACGUGUCAAAACCUUACCGACAGAAACACCUCGAACAGGCACUUUUCGAGAAAACUAUUCAAAUCUAUUGAAUCGCUGAGGUGGACGAGAUCGCCCCGCCGCGGCCGCCGCGUCGUAACCCAUACCGACUGUAAUAUUAUAUAUCCAACGACGAGCCCAAAGCAAAAUGUUGUACCUAUCAAUAGCAAUAAUAAUAACAAUAAUAUUAUUACCAUCGUCGUGUAAUUGUAUGAUAGGUAUUAAAAAAAAACCGUUGCGUUAUCGAGAAAACGCCAAAUGUCAGCGACUGGAAAACGGAAAUGGACGAAAACAAUAUACUAUAUUUUUCAUAAUAUUAUUUUGCUAUAUACUUAUCGUUAUAACUUAUAAUGUUUGUUGCGAUUUUCGGUCGACCUCCGCUUAGAAGAAACUGUAGCGGAUUGCCGGGAGAUCGGAAUGGCGAAAGCCGGAAAUAAGUGUCCUCUUGUGGGGCUCGUGUAAACGACUCGGACCGAUCAUCCCUCGCUACAUGCCACUCUAAACGAAAAACACCGGAACGCGUCGAUACAUUAUUAUUAUUAGGUACCUAUACACUGUACCUAUCUAUCAUUGCGACGACGACGACGACAUUUUGAUCUUUGGGGUUUUCGAGGCCCGCGACAAGCUGCUGCACUCCGAAAUUAAAUCAUUCGCCCUCGUCAAGAGCACAUUGCGAUCCGACGACACAUUUUAGAUAAGAUAUUUUUAACGACAACACGUUCUUAAUAUCUGUAAUAAACAAUAUAAUAUAAUGUAAAUAAUAUAAUGAUGAAAUCGGAGUCUCUGAAUACACGCUACGCCCGAUUCCCAGCUACGUAAUUUAUAUUAUUACCUACAUUGAUGGACCAUGGACGACGGAUCGCGUCAAACGUUUUCGUGUCGACCUAUAUCUCAUAUUAUUUUUUAAUUGUUGUUAUUACUUAUUGUGUUAUUGAUUGAAAUCAGAACGUAUAAUAUAAAUAGAUAACGCAGAUGGCCGAUGAGAUCAAA